CCCCGGAGCUGGGAGGGCCGGGCUACAUCUGCGCGCUCUCGGGGGCGGGCGGUGGGGGGCGCAGUCCCGGUCCUGGGCCGCCGUGCGGGUGGGCUCGGAGCAGGCCGCACGGGGCAGCAGCCUACUCCGACCUGGAGGCCCCCUGCCCUCUUCCCCUUUCCCCCCCAUUCCCUGGUGCGAGGCUGGGAGCCGCCGCCCGGGCCGGACCGCGCUGUCCCUGAAGAGCACAAAUUGGGAGCCAUGCCUCCUAGUAAAGAGGCCAGCAGUCUUCAUAGCUCACCAGCAGGGCUCAUCUGCCUCCCUCCAAUCUCUGAGGAGCUACAGUUGGUGUGGACCCAAGCAGCCCAGACCAGUGAGCUCGACAGCAAUGAACACCUGCUGCAAACCUUCAGCUACUUUCCCUAUCCCAGUCUAGCAGACAUCGCCCUUCUCUGCUUGCGUUAUGGGCUGCAGAUGGAGAAAGUCAAGACAUGGUUCAUGGCCCAGCGCCUCCGCUGUGGCAUUAGCUGGUCAUCGGAAGAAAUAGAAGAGACUCGAGCCCGAGUAGUCUACCAUCAGGACCAACUCCAUUUCAAAUCCCUUCUGUCUUUUACUCACCAUGUAGUGCGGCCCCCAGAGGAGGUACCGUCUUCUCAAAUCCCACCUCCAGAACAAGGUGGUCUUGGAAUAAGUCCUCUGACUCUCAGUGAGCCCACCCAGAUAAAAGGAUUGAAGGUGGAACCUAAGGAGUCCUCUCAGAAUCUGCCACUGCCGCUGAGUCACCAGAAAACAAAGGAACCCCUCUUGACACCUGGCAGUGGAGCAUUCCCCAACCAAACAGAUUUUUCACAGAAUCGGCAAAGUAGCCUUUCUAAGGAGCAGGCAGGCAGAGGUCCCGACCAUGCACGUGGCGUAGGUACUGCUUCCUGGAACCACUCCACAGCUGUUCACCAGCCACAAGCUCAGCAUAAACCACCAAUCUCAUCACUGGCCAGUAGUUGUAAGGAGACAACAUCUCGUGUGACUCCUUCUUCCUCUACCUCUUCUUCCUCUUUCCAGGUACUGGCUAAUGGAGCUACUGCCAGCCCUAAACCCCUCCAGCCACUGGGCUGUGUCUCACAGUCACUGUCAGCCAGAGAACAGCCACAGCCUCCACAUGUGGAAGCAGGCUGGUCCCAAAGGCUGCGGCCUAACUCACUAGCAGGUAGGGCCAGCCCCACAGGAUACCUUUCCCCUGAUAUGCAACGCCAGCGAAAGAUUAAGCGCAAAACCAAAGAGCAGCUGGCAAUCCUCAAAUCCUUUUUUCUACAGUGCCAAUGGGCACGACGUGAGGAUUAUCAUAAAUUAGAACAGAUCACGGGUUUACCUAGGCCUGAGAUCAUUCAGUGGUUUGGUGAUACACGCUAUGCCUUGAAGCAUGGGCAACUAAAAUGGUUUCGGGACAGUGCAGUACCUGGUGCCCCUAGUUUCCAAGACCCAGCAACUACCACAUCGCCAUCAACUUGCUCCUUGAAAGAAUGGGCCAAGACACCACCUCUGCCAGCACCCCCACCUCCACCGGAUAUACGACCCUUGGAGAGGUACUGGGCAGCUCACCAUCAGCUCCAGGCAACUGAUAUCCCUCAGCUGUGUCGGGCGUCAAGGCUGAGCACGCAGCAGGUGCGGGACUGGUUUGACUCUCAGUUACAUGAGCCAGCUGAGGUAGUUGUUUGUUUAGAUGAAGAAGAAGAAGAAGAAGAGGAAGAACUGCCAGAAGAUGGUGAGGAAGAGGAGGAGGAAGAUGAGGAUGAUGAUGAUGAUGUGAUCAUACAGGACUGAGUGGGAGGACUAAGGGGAAGGUUUGUUACUAAAUGAUGAACAGAUUUAGUAACUGUUUAAACAAACCAUAUUUUAAAAAUUACUUUGUGGCAAAGAACUAAAAAGCUUUGUGUUCUUCAGGGUGGGUGAAGGGGAUACAGUAAUUUGAGGAUGGAUGGGAGUGGAUGGCCAAAAAUCUUCUACCCUUAGGGCUAAAGAUCGGACACUGAGCUAGGCAACGGCUCUUGUUCUCCUUUUUUUUCUGGUAUUUUUCUCCCUUAGUGUUCUAGAGACCAGGCCUCAUCCCUAAAUCCAUGGAAGACCUAGAAAGGAGUAGAGUUGAUUCAAUUGAUGAUUCCAGUGCAUCCUAAUCCCACCAUUUUCCCUGGAUUAUAAGGCUGCUUUGCAUCCUUCCCAUUCUUAGCUCCAUUAUGCAUUAUGCAUUCUCAAUACGUCCCAGCCCUGUCCUAGAUACUUCCUGUUCCUCGUACCAGUUUGAUAAUCUCACCUGCUUCAUCACUGAAUCAUGGGUAGCAGAAUGUUCUCAUUUCUGAUACUGGAAUCACUUUGCCUCCUACCUUUUUAUUGCUACAAAAUCCCCUCUUUGUUUACUGUUUGUCUCAGGGUAAAUCUUCCCCACAGAGUCUCAAAAGGUUUAGAAAUUGGGUGGUGAAUAUUUAGCCUGGAUAUUUAUUGGAGUUUGGAAUUAGGGGCGAUGUCCUUUACAAAAAAUAGAAUUACAUGGGGAUUUAGCUCAGUGGUGCCAUGCUGCCUUGCAAGCGAGAGGUCCUCAGUUCAAUCCCCGGUACCAAAAAAACCCCACCAGAAUUACAUUACAGAGUGAUGGAGAAAGGACAGUUCUCCUGGUCAAAGGGUGAUAGAAGUAGUACCAGGUUUGGUUUUACAAACCUGACACUACCUCCAGUCUAGCUUGACAGAGACUGAUUUUUCAGUUUUUUGCUGUUUAACCUGUGACCAGAAAAGAGACUUUUCCCUCUCUAUAGGAUCUGUCUUGGGGACAAAGGGACCAUGGUCUUUAACUGAAUUAUUGAUGUUUUGGAAUGGUUUCAAUCAAUUGAGAUUAUAAAGACAAACAUAUCAAUCAGUUAACCUUCUAAAAAUAAAAGAGUGGUCAAUCAGUUAACCUUCUAAAAAUGAAAGAGUGAAAACCCCGCAUCCCUAGAAUAAUAAAAAAAAGGUCACAAAUUGUUUCUCUC